GGUAACCUGGCCAGCACUUUUGAUAUACAAUAGCUCCCAGAUUCAUAAUGGUUAGAAAGUUGAAGCACCACGAACAGAAGUUGUUGAAGAAGGUUGACUUCCUCGACUGGAAGCAGGACUCAGGCCACCGCGACACCCAGGUCAUGAGAACCUACCAUAUUCAGAAGAGAGAAGACUACCACAAGUACAACAAGAUGUGCGGUGAUAUUCGCAAGCUCGCACACAAAUUGUCACUUUUACAGCCAACUGAUGAUGUGCGUGUCAAGCACGAACAGUUGUUGUUGGAGAAGUUGUACGCCAUGGGGAUCCUCUCCACCAAGUCCAAGAUCUCGGAUCUCGAGAACAAAGUCACCGUUAGUGCCAUGUGCCGUCGUCGAAUUGGAGUUGUCAUGUGCAGAUUAAAGAUGGCUCAGACUGUUAGCGAUGCUGUCAAGUUUGUGGAACAAGGCCACGUCAGAGUCGGGCCACAUGUCAUCACCGAUCCGGCCUACUUGGUCACCAGAAACUUGGAGGACUACUUGACCUGGGUGGAUGAGAGUAAGAUCAAGCACAACCUUCUCAAGUACAAGAACAAAAUUGAUGACUUUGACUUGGCUUAGGGUGUGGAACAGGGUGUAUAAUAGGUAAUAAACGAAUUAGUAAGGUACGUAGAAACGGC